CCUCACCACCGACUUCCGGCAUGUGAAAAACGGACCGCCCUCUUCUUUCUCCAGGCCAUUGGGUUUCUGCGAGCUGUGCUGUGCGCCUCGUCACCGACACGCGACCUCAGCCGGCCGUGGCAGCGGCAGACGCAAUUGCCCUUCAUUGACGUCACUCCGCUCUCACUGCUUAGCGCUGGCCAUGCAUCAACCGCGAAUGGGUCCCCGUACCUGACCGAGCCGGCCCAGCUAUCGAGUUACCUGUUGUUACCUUGCCCGGUGGCCGCGACCAUGAGACGCAUCGAUCGUCUUACCGGCCCCUUGUUGGCGACUCUACGCCGCGCGCCCAAGGCCGUUGCACGCCCCGGCUCGCCGCUCCCGAGGCCGUUGCGCCGUGGCUUCUUCACAAAGGCUACGAGCCCGCGACUGCAAGACCGCAUCGGUGCCACCCUGCCCGCCGCCAUCAUUACCAGCGGCCUCUUCGUAUGGUGGCUCUACCCCUCAGAUGAUUUCGCUGAGCUGUCCUCCACGCCCAGAGGACGGCGUCAUGGUGGGCGUGAUGCGCACGCCGAUCUGGAAGAUGACCUGGACCACGUGGCCGAGCAGGACAAUGCCGACGACCAACAGGACGACCAGUCCGCGUGGACCAACUUUGCUCGCCGCUUCGAGUCCAUCUCUCUCAUGUCUGAUCUCGAGUGGACCGAGUGGUCGGACCGGCUUGUCGGCUUCAUACUUCCCGAGUGGUCCAAGCUGCUGCCGGGCUACAUGAGAAAGCUCCAGCGUGAGCUGUCCAUGUCACCGGGCUCCCUGGCCGACGAGAUAUGGCAAGAGGCACACGACCCUCUCGCCAACCCCGAGAUACGGUACUCUGCCCGCGUUCGAGUGUCAUCCGACCUGUGCGACGAGGAAAAGGAGUACCUGUCCCGCAGACGAAAGGUGGCCCGAGUGGCCCUGGCGAAAUAUCUCGGCCUUGGGGAGGAGGAUGUGCACCCUGAUGAUGUUCCCACCAUUGCCAUGUGCGGCUCGGGCGGUGGCCUCCGUGCCCUCAUCGCCGGCACGGGUUCGCUCCUGGCAACAGAGGAGGAUGGACUGUUCGACUGCGUCACUUACACGGCCGGUGUGAGUGGCUCCUGCUGGCUGCAAACCCUGUACCUUUCAUCCUUCACCGGCAGCAUUGGAGCCCUGCUGGAGCAUCUCAAGGCACGCGCGUCGACACAUAUUGCUUACCCGCCGGUGGCCUUUCAUUCGCUCAUAUCUCUGCCCACGAGCAAGUACCUGCUGAGCGGUCUGGUGGAGAAGCUCAAGGGCGACUCCAAGGCCGACUUUGGUCUGGUGGACAUAUAUGGCCUUUUGCUUGGUGCACGAUAUCUUGUGCCCAAAGGCGAGUUGGGUGUCAACGAUCGGGAUUUCAAGCUGUCGAACCAACGCGACUACGUCAAGCUGGGCCAACGGCCCUUGCCGAUUUACACGGCAGUCCGACACGAGAUUCCCCAAGUCAGUGAAGACGCCACGGCAAGCCCCUCCGAGGCAGCAAAGGAACAGGCAAAGCAGGAAGCGUGGUUUCAAUGGUUCGAAAUAACGCCCUACGAAUUCUUUUGCGAGGAAUUCGGGGCUGGCAUCCCGACCUGGGCCAUGGGGAGGAGAUUCAGAGACGGCAGUGACGUGCCUCCUGAAGACAGUUUCCACCUGCCCGAAAUUCGCGUUCCACUCCUCAUGGGCAUCUUUGGCAGCGCCUUUUGUGCCACGUUGAGCCAUUACUACAAGGAGAUCAGGCCGCUGGUGCAGAGCCUGACCGGCUUCAGCACCGUCGACGACCUCGUGUCCGGGAGGGACGACGACCUGGUCAAGGUGCAUCCAAUCGACCCCGCCAGCAUCCCGAAUUUUGCCUACAACAUGUACGGGAAGCUGGCCAAGACAACGCCUCAGAGCAUCUACCAGCAAGAGUAUAUUCAACUGAUGGAUGCCGGCAUGUCCAACAACUUACCCAUUUACCCACUCUUGCGCCCUGGUCGCGACGUCGACGUCCUCAUUGCGUUUGAUGCCUCGGCCGACAUCAAGUCGGACAACUGGCUCUCGGUGGCGGACGGGUACGCCCGCCAGCGAGGCAUCAAGGGGUGGCCAGUCGGCAUCGGGUGGCCCAAACCCGGCGAGUCCGUCAAGCAGACGACAAGAGAGCUCGCCGGCGCCGAGGCAGACUCGAUGCGCGAAGCGGAGCAGAGAGUGCGGGAUGCAAAGGCAGACCAGACGGCUCUCCGCGAGCAGGCAGGAGACAAGGCCAAGGACCUCUCCGGCAAGGACGAAGAAGCCAAGUUUGAGCCGGGAGACGAGGAGGCCGGCGAUCUGGGCUACUGCACUGUCUGGGUCGGGACCACGCAAGAACGCACGUCGGAGCCGCCACCCCCGUCUAAGAAGAUCUCCGAGGCCAAUACCUUCAACCUCAUGCGGCCCGACGCCGGCAUCGCCGUCGUCUACCUCCCCUUCCUCUCCAACGACAGGGUCCCCGACAUUUCCCCCGGCACGUCCGAGUUCCUCAGCACCUGGAACUUCGUCUACACCCCGGAGCAAAUCGACAGCGUCGUGCGGCUCGCGCGCGCCAACUACGAAGAGGGCAAGCAGCAGAUCCGAUCGACCGUUCGCGCCGUCUACGAGCGUAAGAAGCAGCUCCGCGAAAAGGCCGAGAAGGAGGUGCAGGAGACGAAGCUGCGGAAGAAUGCGCGGAGGGCUCUCAUGGGCCACGGGGACCAGUUCAGCUGAAAUCGUGUCACUAGACGUUUGGAUAUUGGAGGCCAUCUGCCCUAGACAUUUUAAUGCAAAUACAGUGAAAAGCCAACUACGUAGCCAUGUUGGCUUUUGGUCUGCCCGUGCCGCAAUGAGCCUUGAUUUGUUUUGUUUUACAGAGUGUUGUUAAUGUACAUACGCCGAUGAUGGGUCGUAUGAUCCAAACCCGCUUCCAGUCCACCCAGCACCAUCAUCACUGUACCUCGUACGCCAGUCCCGCCGCCCGUCCGCCGUGACGUCUCGAAACGUUUAGAUGAUCUCUCCGAUGUCGAUGUGCGGCGCCUUCCACGGCUGCGCGCCCUCCUCCAUCGUGUCGCUCGGCACCCGCACCUUGUUCCCGGGGCUGUACAGGUACCAAGCCUUGAGGGCGUUCAUCGACGCCUUCCGCCUCGCGAUGUCGAGGCUCGGCCCGGCGCCCUCUCCCAGCUUCUCCUUGCCGCUGUAGAUGCCGACCACAUAGACGGGCGUCCGCGACAGCCGGCCCGUCUCGCUCUCCAGCCGGGCCAGCGGCGCC